GUAUCUCAGUUUAGGCAUGAAACUGAAAGACAUUCAUAGAGUACUCAAGUUCAAACAAAAGGCGUGGAUGAAAGAGUACAUUGAUCAUAACACAGUUAUGCGACAAAAGGCUACGUCAACAUUCCAGAAAAACUUCUACAAGUUAAUGAACGUCUCCGUGUUUGGAAAGACUAUGGAAAACGUUAGACGCUACAAAACAAUCGAGAUCAUUCACAACAAAAAACGAUUGGACAAGGUGACAGCCAAACCCACGUAUAAGGACACAACCAUCUUGAACGAGGACCUUGUGGCAGUGGAGCUGUACAAGUCGAAGGUCAACUUGGUGAAGCCAAUAUUUUGUGGAAUGAGCAUUUUAGAUUUGAGUAAAUGUCUCAUGUACGACUUCUGGUACAAUCAUAUCAAACGAAAGUACCCCACAAGUACUCUUCUCAUGUCAGAUACCGAUAGUAUUCUAGCAUGUUACCAAACUGAAGACAUUUACAAAGAUAUGAAAUCUUCAAUGUGUCAUUUUGACACGUCGGACUAUCCAAAGGAUCAUUUUCUAUGGAGCGAUAAAAACAAGAAAGUGUUGGGCAAAAUGAAAGACGAAACAAACGGACAACCGAUAGCAGAAUUUGUAGGACUUCGAUCCAAAAUGUACAGUUUUACGUGUAAAGAUAAGGAAGAAAAACGAGCCAAGGGUGUGGCUAAAGUAUCUGUGAAAAAGGAGUUAAAACAUGAACAUUAUAAAAACACACUGUUUAAUGAAACCAGCAUGAUCUCCUCUAUGACUGUCCUAAGAAGUCAUAAGCAUGAACUUUAUGGGGAAACCAUUCAUAAGCGAGCGCUCUCGGCAUUUGAUGACAAGCGUUAUCUUAUUGAUAGUGUAAACAGCUAUGCCUAUGGACAUUACAAAAUCACCGGACAAAACAGGAACCAAAACUCCAAUCAAUACCAAGAGAAACUAUCAUUUUCUAUCGUGCCAACCCGUCAAUGUAUGAAGCAUCACCAUGAAGAAGCUAUGGAGAUAGAUGGUUUUAAAAUCACUCCAUGCUCAUAAAAA